GACUCCCGCUUGCGCUUUCCAGAUGCAUCAGAGAUACUUUUGGACCGAGCCGGCCCAAGUGACGCUUGGCGGGCACUUCAUGGCAGAGGGCGAAGGGUACUUUGCCAUGGCUGAGGACGACCUGGCGGGCAGUGGCCCCUACGUCCCCCUGGCUGGCGACUUAAGCGGGGGCGACUUCGGCGGCGCGGCCGGCUUCGACGAGCCGUGCUCGGAGUAUUGCGAAAGCCCCACGGCCCACUGCAACGUACUGAACUGGGAGCAAGUGCAGCGGCUGGACGGCAUCCUGAGCGAGACCAUCCCGAUCCACGGGCGCGGCAACUUCCCCACGCUGGAGCUGCAGCCCAGCCUGAUCGUGAAGGUGGUGCGGCGCCGCCUGGCCGAGCAGCGCAUCGGGGUGCGGGACGUGCGCCUCAACGGCUCGGCCGCCAGCCACGUCCUGCACCAGGAUAGCGGCCUGGGCUACAAGGACCUAGACCUUAUCUUCUUCGCCGACCUGCGAGGGGAAGAGGAGUUUCAGACUGUGAAGGACGUCGUGCUGGACUGUCUCUUGGACUUCUUACCCGAAGGGGUGAACAAAGAGAAGAUCACACCACUCACGCUGAAGGAGGCUUAUGUGCAGAAAAUGGUUAAAGUGUGCAACGACUCCGACCGCUGGAGUCUUAUCUCCCUGUCAAACAACAGUGGCAAAAAUGUGGAACUGAAAUUUGUGGAUUCUCUCCGGAGGCAGUUUGAAUUCAGUGUAGAUUCUUUUCAAAUCAAAUUAGACUCUCUUCUCCUCUUUUAUGACUGUUCAGAGAACCCAAUGAGUGAAACUUUCCACCCUACUAUCAUUGGUGAGAGCGUCUACGGGGAUUUCCAAGAAGCCUUUGACCACCUUUGUAACAAGAUCAUUGCCACCAGAAACCCUGAGGAAAUCAGAGGGGGGGGCCUGCUCAAGUACUGUAACCUCUUAGUGAGGGGUUUUCGGCCUGCCUCGGAUGAGAUCAAGACCCUUCAGAGGUAUAUGUGUUCCAGGUUUUUCAUCGACUUCUCCGACAUCGGGGAGCAGCGGAGGAAACUAGAGUCGUAUUUGCAGAACCAUUUCGUGGGACUGGAGGAUCGAAAGUACGACUAUCUCAUGACCCUUCAUGAGGUUGUGAAUGAGAGUACGGUGUGCCUGAUGGGCCAUGAGAGAAGACAGACUUUAAACCUUAUCACGAUGCUGGCUAUCCGGGUGCUAGCGGAGCAAAACGUCAUCCCUAAUGUGGCCAACGUUACUUGCUAUUACCAACCGGCCCCCUAUGUGGCAGAUGCCAACUUUAGCAAUUAUUACAUUGCACAGGUUCAGCCAGUAUUCACAUGCCAGCAACAGACAUACUCUACUUGGCUACCAUGUAACUAAGGAUCAUUUAAAGAUGCCCGUGGGGAAGCCAUUUUAGACAAGAUUGGGGGUGGGGGGAGAAAAAGAGUGACCCAGCCCUGAUUGAGGGCGUCUUUUGUGUAAUGAUGAUCUGCUCCUGGUUUUAAGUUUGGCAAAGGUUGUGGAUUUUUUAAUAGCUAUGGGAGCGUGUUCUAGAAAUAACGACCCCUACCUCCCCCAAACCCUCCCACCUUAUCCUCUUACCCAUUUGGAUUCUAUCUUGGAAUACACGAGACCUGUCAUUAAAGUAACCAGGCUCUCCUAAAAUAACAAGAGUAAAAUGCUUGAUGACAAUAUGGGUUUGCAGUCAGUGCCUGCCCCAUAGCUUGCCAUAGGGAGAGGGACCAAAAAAAAGAAAAGAAAAAAAGGAAGACCGAUUCUCCUAGAAUGCAAUUCACAAACAAAAACAGAAAACGGGUCUCACGCUAAGUGAUUGACCAGUUUGGGAGUUCAGAUAGUCACAAUGGAUGAAGAAGGGGUCCUCAAACAGUUCUUUCUAAUCGGGGGCUUAUUAUAGCAAGUUCUUUCUAUGGAAUGAUCUGAUUUCGCUUACGGAAACAGCUUGCUCCAAAUAAACAGUAGUAGGUUGGUGCAGCUCUCAUAACAAACAGCAGAAUUUAGGAUGACACAAUCCAUUAUUUCCAGCUGCGUGCAUAGCUCGCAUUUUUAAAAUGGGAAAAUGCAAACAGAAACAGCUGUAGCAAAGAAAGUAUGCUCAAGGACCAAAGAUUUAACAGAUAAAAAUACCCAAGUCGAAGAGAUAUAAUAGCAUAUAUAAAGAGUCACUAUAUUUGUUACACACCAUUAUACAUCAAAGUGCCUGUUGCCUUCUGAAAAAUUGAAAUGGAAAAUUAUUUUUUGGUUUAAUUAUUACUUUAUUUUAUCAGGGACCCAAGAAGAAAAAAACCAUAAGCUUGUGAAUGGUGGAGGAAAUGCCCUAUUUUUUUCUUGGCAAAUACUUGUAUAAAGUUAACAUUGUUAGUGUGAUAUUAUUAGAGGUACUUGUGUAUGUGUUUGUGUGUGUAUAUUAUGUGUAUGUACAUACAUGGUAUAUGUAUAUAUAUACACAUGUACAUUGACUAUGGUUUAGAAUCAUGUAGUAAAUAGAUGUUUAAAUUCUGUGUGCUUUUAUAUUUUCAAUAGGAUGACAUGAGACGUGGGCAUAUUGCAGUGAUUAAUUAAAACCCACAUCUAAAAAAUUAAAGAAGGGAAACAAGUAAUAUAUUUGAUAGAAAAAACAGAGAGUAUACAUUUUUAAUGAGGUGUCCCCACUCCCACCCAACCAACCCUUGUAUGUGUGUGUGUGUGUGUGCGUGUGUGCAUGUGCGUGUGCUUGCGUGUACCAGGGUUUUCCACAAAUGGGAGAAUAUUUGUUUGGCAGAGCAUUCUUUUUUUAAACUGAGCUAUCAUUUGACAGGUUUGAACCAUUUUUUAAAAUGCUUACCUCCAUGGUAUAUAAUCCAGUGGAUAAUGGAUCAGUGAUAGGCUAUUUAAAUCCCUGACUGCUAAAAAAGUGUUUGUAUUUUCUGGUGAUCUGAACACUACUUACUACUACUUAAUGAGUUUUUAAAUGAAUGCAUUCUGCAUUCCAGGACCACUAGAAUUAAAAUGUGAAAUGACCCUUUUUAAAGAGUAUUUGCACAAUUGCUUAAAAUUUAUAUAUGAAAUAUAUAUUAUAUAUAAAAUUUUAUAAAUCCAUGCCAAGAUGAAAUAUCUUUGAUCUGGUUGUCACACUGCAUUUAAAUAUUUUGUACUGUACUUUAAAUUAAAUCACUUUGCAUUAAAAUAAAGAACUUUCUUUUCUUUCCCAAGAGACCAGUUAGGCCUUUGUGAAGUGAACCGGCAUUACUAUUUUAGUUCAAUGACAGCUAAACUUAAAACCAACCCAUCUCCCAGCCUCUCUCUAGUCACUGGGGUCUCUGAAGAUGCAUUUAUUAAAGACAAAACCAGCCUUAUCUUUGUCUGGUGAGGCAGCCACAUCAGCCCCACCACCCCUAGUGGAUGACCAUUUGUUUACUUUGCUAAUUCCUCAGAAAAGCCAACCUUAGUAUUUCUUCAUCGUUAGGAUGGAUUGGGGAAGAAAAUAUUGUUGUCCUAUUGGCAGUAUAAUAUUUUUGCUUCUUUGUUUUCUGGGCAUCUCUCAGAUGCACAGUGCGAGGUCAAUCCAUCUGGUCUACCUUUUGUGUUUCUGUCUUUGAGGCUUUAAUGGAAAACUGAUGGAUUUGCCUUGGCCGCUUCCUGUGAAUUCUGUCUGAGUUGUAACAGCUACCGCCACUCACUGUUUCCUAGGGGAUUCUUCCUACUCCCAGGUGGGCUGAGUCUCCCUCACUCCAGGGCCCUGGGCUUGAAGUUCAUUGUGAAUUCCCAGGAAACAUUUGCAGAUUAGGCCUACAACUCACCUGUCAGAAACCAGCCCUCUGCCGGCUUCUGUGUUGGGAAGUUUCCUGACAGCCGAUGAAGGGCAGGCCCAGGAGCAUGGGGGCAGCUGGUGCUCAUUUCUUCCUUUGCAUCCUAACUUAACAACUGAGUUGUCCAUUCCUUUGAAAGCGUCUGGAGGUCUCUAACUCUGCCAUAGCAACAACCUGUUGUUCCUAUAUGACAGAUUUUUGCAUGAAAGAGCCUUAUUUUUAAAUAUACUUUCCAUGUAUUUUCUCAGAUAUUUAUGUCCGUGCUUACUCCGGAGUUGGUGGCAUAAUUCUAAGUGCCAACACCUGGCAAUCAGAUAGAACAGGCUGUACUCAAGACAACUUUUCAGCAUUUACUUUAAGACCUGUAUAAUUUAUUUCUCUUGCGUAUGUACUGUAGUCUUGUGCCUAUAUAGUUGAACAAACAGUGGAAUAUAUGUCUCCUUCUAUUGCUGUGUGGCCUAAAAAUUUGAAUGUCUGGCAAGAGAGCACAAAGUAUAUAGGUCAGAGAAAAGACGAGCUCGCAACUCCUUAUUUGUGCCUGUGAUUUGCUUGCUUUUGUGGUUUUCUGACCUAGUGUGACGUUACUAAGGAGCCCUAGUGGUGCACUUGUUAAAGUGUCUGGCUGCUAACUAAAAUGUUGAUGGUUCGAACCCACUAGCAACCCUUGGGGAGAAAGCUGUAGCAAGCAGUCUGCUUCUGUAAAGAUUUACAGUCUUGGAAACCCAAGGGGGAGGCAGUUCUCCUCUGUCCUACUUGGUCACCAUGAGUCAGAAUCAACAGCAGUGGGUUUUCUUUGGUUUGGUGCUGUUACUUUAAAACAGGAAGAAGUUUUAUCUUCUGGAAGCUCUUCUCCUUUCCUGUCCAGACUGGCAUGUCAGAGAACAUUUAACAUGAGACGAUGGAUGCCCUUUUGGAAAGUUUACUUCAGUUACAAUAAGUCAGACUGCCUCAAGAAUUCUUCACCAGGGUGGACUUGUCCCUUCUAGGAAUGGGAUGAAGGAUUUGCUCAGUCUGGUACCAGAUGGACUAUUUCAAUGUGGCGCCCAAACCCAAAAAGCAAUGAUGAAAGAAUAUCUGCAAUCCAAGCCAAAAAGGAAGUGAAACAAAAAGAGAAUAUACUGUUUUUACCAACCCUCUCUGUUUGCUUAUCCUCGGUUGCUUUCCUGUGCAUAAAGUUUUCAGUGCAUUUCUUGUUAUAUGAAUAUUGUGAACUCUAGUAAAUGAAAUGUAUUAUGUUGAAAGCUGUCAGCAGUUCAAAAAUAAGCUUUGUUUUUUGUUAUCAUUGAAGAUGAAGUGUAUUAGAUUAAACCAAAAAGCCAAAAAAAAGUAAUUUCAUAUAUAGCACCUAUUUGGAUAUAAUCUUUCUUUAAGGUUCCUUUUAGCAUAGCCUUUUUAGUGCUAAGAAAGAAUCUCUCUGUAAUGUUGAAAUAAUGGCUUGCUAGCAAAGUAAAUGGUAAAAAUCACAAAGUCUAAAGAUGUCAAGGGAACUUGACAAGACUUGCUGCAAAGCCUUGCAGAAUGGAGGAAGCGCUGCCUGCUGGCUGGCCCCUCCCUCCCUCCCACCUCUCCACAACUGCUGCCUACCGUGAGGCAUCCUACUGCAGCAAGGUGCACCUGGGUCACUCUUGGAAUAGUUCGAUUAUAAACUGUGUCACAGGCAGAAAAGGAGUUGAUGGAAAAGAGACUCUUAAAAACUGACAUGUUGAAUCAAUGCUAGAGGGAACAGAUUGUGAAUUUUGUUUACAGCAUCCAAUAUUUGGAUUUUUUGUGUGUAAAUAAAGAGAAGUUAUUUUUUUCUACUGA